CCCUCAUUAUAUAUAUGAGUAUAUAUAUUAUGACUGUAUACAUGUAUGUGAUCGAGUUCCUUAGAGUGUAGGGCACCACCACCACCGCCACCACCAUCAAUCAUUGACCUCUUCUUGCAAGGAAAGAAGGAAGGUGAUCAGAUCAGUGUGCAGGAAUGGCUCGGUCGCUUCUCUCUCCCAUGCCCUCAAGCCCCCAGUUCUCCUCCAUCUACCGCCGCCUCGCUCUUCUUCCUUGCCGUUUCGUCGGGAUCUCCACGUCCUUCCGCGCACACCGACGGCUUCUUUUUCUUCGGGCGGCCGCUCAAUCCCCAGGCCCCGCUGGCGACGACGCUUCGUCUCUAAGCCAAGAAGAUGCACAGAAGAAGAAUUCUAAGACUGCAGCUCCAGAUCUACCAAGUCUUCCCUACCCCAACAUACCCAUCUGGGCGAGAUGGGUUUUGGGGGCCGCAGUCAUCCUGGCCGUGCCGUUCUACAGAAGGUUCUUAAAGAUCGAAGGUGAGGUGAAGAAGACGGCUAAGGCGGCAGUGGGGGUCGUGGAGAAGGUGGCCGAGGCGACGGAGAAGAUAGCGAUGGAAGUAGCGGAGGCGCUGCCGGAGAACACAAAGCUGAAGCAGGUAGCUUUGGAGGUGGAGGAGAUAGCCGAAGUGGUAGACAACGAGGCAAAGCUAGCAGAAACCAUCCUUGAGGAGGUCGACGACGUGGUGGAGAAGGUGGACACUCUGGUUGAGCCCAUCGUUGACGAAUUGGAAGGCGGAGAAGGAGAGGUGACAAGACAAGGCAAAGAUUCCAAGGAGACCAUCUGAGCCAUGUUCGUCUGUCUCUAGUGUCAAAUCAUAGGCAUGGAUCUUUGUGUGCAUUGUCUCAGAACGAUAUUUUUCCCUUUUGUUGUUAUGAUUGACAUAUGUUUUGCUGAGAUUUGGAGACUGGAUCACCAAAUAUGCAUAUGAUUGCAUGUAAUAAGAAAGAAGAUUGAUAGAAAUUUAUGAUUCACGUC